GCUCGUCUCCUCUGAAAGUAAACACCAUCGAUCCAGCCAUGACUGACCUUGAGUGGACGCUCGACAAGGCUGACGGCACCUGGAAGCGGGACCUCUGGGGUCCGGAGAUGUUUACGGCCCAAGUGCACCGGCUUGGCAGUGGGCACCUCGACAUCUCCCUGUGCACCGUUUUCACCGCCAGUCUCGCGCCCGAAGAGCUAGAGAAGCGAAUGGCACACGCCUGGCGUAUCGUCCGCGAUCGCUUCCCGCAGCUGGUAGUGCGGAUUGUGAACGAGCCCAAGGCAGACAACGAAAACUACAACAGGCUGCACUACGACCAAGCCAGCGCGGCCACCUCGGCCGAGCAGACUUUUGUCGUUCACAGGGCCAAUGGGGACGACGAAGCUUUUAGAAAGUAUCAUUCCGAGAUCACUUCGAAGCCUUGCGGUCCCAUAAGCCUCCACCUUUUUCGCACCUCGUCGCAGCGUCACGCCGUCUAUCUCUAUGCACCUCACACCCUCGUGGAUAUCGAAGCGCUUCUGCACGUGUUCAAUCGCCUCUUUGAGGCUAUGGCAACGCCUGUCGAGGAGCUCGAGACAGACCCAACCCAACGUCUCCCACCUCCCGUGCCCAUAGCGCUGCUCCCAUCGGCGCCAAGUGGGGACAUUCCCGCUUUCAUCGGGUCCCAAUUGGGCCCUAUCCCGGAGCUGAUGCCUGGAACCCCGAAAUUGCAGCUGUCCGGACCGCUUGGUAAUGGAAGCUGCUACCCAACGCGUCGCCAAUUUGAUGAGGCACAGAGUGCCAAGAUCUUGGCCAAGCUCAAGCAGCUCGGCCUGUCCAUUGCUCAUGCCCAAGACGCAGGUGCUCAACUCGCCAUUGCCGAGCAGGAGGGAGUAACAGGCGGCAAGUCGGUCAACUAUCCGGUCUCGGUUGGUGUUCGGAGGUUCUUCAAGCCUGACCUGCAGACAGAGUACGUUGCCUGGGGAAUCGGAGGGCUCCAACUCACCUUCGACCUUGGAAGCGUCGACUCGAAGGCACGAGAGGAGAAGUUCCUGGACCUGAUGAGACAGGUACAACCUCAGUAUCAGGCAGCGCUCAAGGACGCUACGAUCGCUACCAGUCAGCACCCGGCCAACCUGGCUUUGGGCGCGGACAAGGGUUUGCCUCCCCUCGCCCCUCCUUCCGCCCACGUUGUCUCGUCUGUCGGACGGCUUGACGACAUGCUCCGUCCCGACCUCUAUGCACCAAUCAUCAAGAUAGAAGACGUGCACGAGGCCCAGCGGCAUGGCAUCAUGGCUGUACCCACUUUCCACACCUGGACUCUCAAUGGUCGCCUCACUAUACAAAUGAGCGUGUCGGAACCACUAGCACCCAUCGUCGAUCAGGUGCUCGACAGGUACGAAAGUCUGCUGCACUCUCUUGCCGACUGAAGUACUUUUGAACUCCGUCUUGUUAGGAAGUGAACAUGCUGUUGUGAAAAAUAAAAUACAUUAAGGAACGGCGGUGGGACACAUCAUUUUCGG